UGAAAACUACAAAAACCGCAACACUUCCGAAGUAAAUCAUGGCCGCAUGAUAAAAAGCCCGAGGGAAGACGCUUAAUCCUCAAAGUACAGCGCACAACUGAGCUUGGAGAAGAAAGCACUACGAGAAAAACUGUACAAGCUUCUGUUAUGAAGCUCUUCCCUUGCCUUCUACAAAAUGUUUUAGCUUUUCUCAGCCUCAUCAGCGCGACUGAAGGUGGACGGGUUACGAGUGUAAGUCCUUCGUCGGGUAGUUUAAAAGGAGCUACAAAGAUAACGCUUUAUGGCCAAGGUUUUGCAGAAAACCAAUUUGAUUUUAACCAUCCUGAACUUGGCAACAACGUGACCUUUGUAUCUGCAUCUGGGACGCACGCGUUGCCAUGUGACGUCAUUGCAUACUACACAUCACGUGAUCAAAUUGUGUGCAGCACAAGGCCCUCCCCCUUUGGACCUGGAUUGUACCACAUUAGGGUAAUAGUGGAUGGCAGGUUGCUAAGCAACGCGAAGGGGCUCACAUACUGCGGUGGAGAAUGUCAAUUCAAGUAUGAUGACAAAAUUACGCCAACUAUUGAUGAGAUUUCACCACGAUAUGGACUACCAGGUUCCCUCAUAACUUUACGAGGAAAGAUAUUCACUGAUAAUUACAUUGAACAAGAACAAAGUAAUACAGAUGAACCAACUAUUCUUAGGAUAUUUGCAGGUUCGAGUAUAUGCGAGCCAAUAGACGAAGGAACCAAAACSUUAUAUGGAAUUAAGUUGGACCGACCAGGCUCAAAUACAGGAUAUAUUAAAUGUAGAGUUUCAAAUAAUGUCGGUAAGGCAGUUAACUUGCAUUCUAAGUAUUCUUGUCUUUUAGCAUCUCAACGCGUUUCAUUCAUCAUCUCUGGUUAUGGUCGCUCCCUGCUGSCUAAUGACGUCAUGCAGGUAGAYGCWCGAGGCAGGCUUUAUGCCUUCCAAACACAUGCAGAUAUAUCAGCCAUAACUCCUAGAACAGGCAGYAUGGCAGGCGGUACGACCGUCAACAUCACAGGMAUGGGUUUCAAGGAGAAUUCUACGACUGUAACCAUUGGUGGUAUUGCAUGUACAAUUGUGACCAUCAACUCCCAGCUCAUCACGUGUCAAAUCAAGCCGCAAGAAUUCAGGAAUCUGUCUACGCACUWCUCAGGAAAUCGAGGACUACUUCGGGAGGUCUGGAAAUCUACGAAAAGUUCCGACUUAUCAUCGAUUGGCAAUCUUGAUUCAACGUCACGUGAUUAUUAUUCCGAUGUACUUCCGGAUGCAAAUUCAAUAUCAAAGUCAUCUUUUGGAAGGAAAUGGUUAAGUCUGCGUUUGCGAGGCUUUUUCGUGGCGCCGUUGGAUAAUAACUACACGUUUUUUAUCCAAGCUGGCGGUAAAGCUGAGUUAUAUUUAAGCACGAAUUCGUCAUCGGCGUUUAAGAGGAAAAUCGCUUCCUGUCCCGCUUCUGCCACCACAUGGAUCAAAUAUCCCCAACAGAGGUCAGCUGUCUUGUCACUUAAAGCCGGCCACGAGUAUUUUCUGGAAGCGUUCAGYUCACAAGGACUGGGCUCUAGUAGGUUGAGGAUUGGUGUUAAGUAUGACAAGACCAAGUACGUGAACUCACAAGUCAAAUCAGCUGUCAACGAGAARCAGAUUGUUAAAAUUACAUCGACUCAGAGUCCAGAUGUACAGAUCAUUAAUGUUACCAAUUGGGAGAGUGGUUUGAUUUAUCAAGUACAGCUUGUAUCCGUCACGCCAAACUCAAGUGCAAUUCAUGGAUUCUUCAAACUGACGUACAACCGUCAAUCGACAGUCCCUCUWACUGCGAACGCAACAGCUAGUGAAAUACAAACAGCUCUAAAUGAUCUACAAUCAGUCACACAACAGGGGAACGURACUGUCACGCGAGAAURCUUCAACGGAACAACAAAUUACAGCGUGACAUUUUUGUUUGCGUCACCCGAGGAUACAAACUUGCUUCAAUUUUCAUCCAAUGGAGUUCAUGUGAYUGUAACRCAAGUUCAAAAUGGUAAAAAUGGUAACUUUAAGUUCCGAUUUUCAUUGGCGCACAGGAUUUCCGACUACGUACACGUUGACGCUYCCUCGGAUGAGGUMAAGACCRCAAUACAGAGCAUGCUCAGUUGGCAAUGUAGGUACCAGAUYCCUGUUGCYCGWGCUUGGUAUUACAAUGGAUUUGAGGCUAGUGCACAGGSUCCUGAAUUUGGUGAACGCGUUGUGGACGAAGUACCCUAYUGUGGCAGAGUGUCGUUAAAGAAUCCGCUGUACCUUAUUUAUGCRGGCAAAUCACGUGACCUUGGAGGYCGACURAUGACGGGAAUUGACGUYUCCAAAUAUAGACAGUUGUGUUUUGCAUACAAAGGACGUAUCAAACCAUUCCUUUCAUACCUYGUCUCCUUCACCGACCAAUCAGGURAUGAAGUACAAAUAUGGCGAAACUAUGCCUUCAACCCCGUUACCACGACAACUAUCUGGUACUAUCAGUGCACCAGUAUCCAUGACAACGUGAAUGGUGACCCUUACAUCACCUCCCGUGCCAAUAAGUAUUAUGGGUAUUAUGUGAAUGCAAUCAAAGUUGCUCGGUCUGAUGACGUAUACAUUGAUGAUGUUUUCAUCUGGAGAGAYGCARUCAGCGUUCAAAGACAACUGCCCGCMGCACAACCAGGUGGUCACGUGAUAAAAUCGUUUGACGUCAAGAARAUACAGUCAGCGGUAUGGKCCAUUUCUCUCACACCAGCACRCUGUGGCACUAAUAUAGAGAAGAUCGCAAUUGCUGAUGCUCUGCGUGUCGAUAGUAAUACUUCCAGUGACAUCACGACUUACCAACCUGUCAAUCAAACCAGCGGUUCCAUGGUAACUGUUAGACGUGAUAAAAAGGCUACACCGCCAAUCAAUGGGACUUUUGAAGUCACGUUCGAAGGACGAAAGCUGUCAGGGCUUUCAUCAAGCAUUUCUGCUGUGAAUCUUAAAUCAUUACUACAAGAUAGUCUGUCCAUUGGUCAAGUUGSUGUAAGUCGACAAGGUUCCUGUGCUGGCUAUGRGUGGACAAUAGAAUGGACUUCAUCUGGCGGGAACAAGCCACAAAUACAUAUAAAUGGAAACAAGUUAAGAGGAAAUGAUGUAACAGCCAUAGUAGAGACGAUUGAUGAUGGUGGUAUGUUUCUAAGCCCGAUCCCAGGRGACAUGUUACGAGUAGCAGAAACUCRCCCACAGGUAACAGUAAUGGUGAAUGGAAUUCCUUCAAGCUGUUCCCAUAGAAACUGCUCCUUCGUAUUUCAACAAACUGCAACCUUGACUUCAAUUACACCAACGCGAGGCACUGCAGGCUCACAAAUCAUUCUGACUGGAAAUGGUUUCAGUACAACAUGUCCAGAAGCAUCUUCGUCAGUGUAUACAGUGGAUAACUCUGGUAGUCAUCCAGAGUAUGGGUUUGGUUAUGCCUGGAAUCCCUUUACACUUAUCAUUUACGCUGGAGACACAGUUAAGUGGAGAUGGUCAAGCCCUGAGAUSACAAACCUUUUGUACAGCGUCCAUCAAAMCAAYGAUUCAACAAGUACAGCGUACAAUGGUCAUGGUUUCCGUAGUGCGCGCUCCAGAAAUGGUGGCUUUAGUCGUCGAUUUAAUGUUCCUGGUCAUUUUUACUACUCUAGCGGSSCAAUAGACCCCUAUGGCGUUAUAACMAUGAAGGGUGAAAUCAUUGUUAGACAACCCAAAACUAAGGCAGUUCAGGUUUCUGUAGAGAUUGGCCAAUUCAAAGCUAUCUAUGUCUCAAAACAACCUUUGUAUCCCCUCCCUAGUACUGCUAACUGCCAUGAUGGUAUAACGUCACAAUGUACAUCACAAAWUSCACACAAUGCCAGCUAUGUAUUCUGGRAWUGCAGCACACCUAAAGUGACGUCAAUACAUCCAAACGUUGGUUCGAGCUCGACUGUGUUGACGAUAAGCGGUAAAGGACUGGGACCUAAAGCGUGUUAUAGUGAAGUUUUGAUUGGCUCAAAGCAGUGUAUUGUUAUAUCAAGUACAGAUGACCUUAUCAAGUGUCGAGUUGCACAGGGUCUUAUAGCAGGCAUUCCUUACGAUGUCACAGUAAGAAUMAAUAACAAAGGCUAUGCAUGGRUUCAAUCUGAUGACGACAUUAYCAAGACCUUUACCCUACUCCCCACAGUAACGUCUUUGUCCCCUAAGGCUGGUUCACUAGCAGGACRAACACUGCUUACCAUAUUUGGUGAUGGCUUCUCCACGACAUCCGAAGCAAACAYAGUCAGCAUUGGACCAAACAGAUGCACAGUGACGUCAUCCACAGUGUCACGAAUACAAUGUCACACACAGUCACACAAUACAYCUAYWGUGUCUAACGUGACAGUUAYAGUCAAUAACAUGACCAGCUCAUUUUGCGCCAAUUGUWUAUUUACAUAUUCUGAAGCAAUGACACCAAGGAUYGAUUACGUCACACCAACAAAUCUGAUUGGCUCGCAYAAUGUCAUCUCGAUGUACGGUGCAAGAUUUCCGCACAGAACCAMUGACGUCACUGUUGCCAUUGGAAACUGGACAUGUGACAUCAUUUCYUUAACCCAGUAUGCAUUGCAGUGCAAAAUCGGACCACUUCCUGCUGGUACSCAUCGAAUCACAGUAAUUGUCGACCCCACCGGUAAGGCACUGUUUGGWGUUGAUGCCUCAAAGAGCGUGGUUAGUCUAGCAUUAGUGUCUGAUAUCGUACCCAGYGAGGGAAGUGUUUAUGGCGGUACCWUGGUAACAAUAAGUGGUAGUGGAUUUGAUACACGACCUGGUCACACAACUAUUCACAUUGGACUUUAYAAGUGUGCUAUACAACGAGUAACURACUCUAAGAUGACAUGUAUAACAUCAAGACACRCCACAGGAUCACACCAGGUUCAAAUURUUUCUGGUGKGCAAGUUUUCCCUGGCCUUCGUUUUGCAUAUCGUAGCUUUCUAACACCCUGGAUAUCAUCAGUAUCACCCACUAGAGGAACAGCAGGUCAAACCCURACAAUCACAGGAAGAGAUUUGGAUUACAAUAUCGCCAAGGUAACUGUAACUAUUGGAAACRCAACAUGUCUUAUCCAGUCUCUGACAACCAAUAUAAUCAAAUGUAUUCUUGGYGGGAAUCCUGCGGGAAUCUAUGAUGUCAURGUGCAYGUCAAGGGACGAGGAUUUGCYGGAGCACWAACUGGURGAACAAUCAAAUUCACAUAUGACGUCAAGAUUAGCACUGCRWYYCCAAAGGAUUGUGGGUAUGGCGGCGGAAGAAUUCUUUCUAUUGACGGUAUGGGCUUUAGUAACGCCACUACCGUAGAAGUGUGUAACACUGCAUGUCACGUAGUGAAUGUCACACUAUCCACUAUUCAAUGCGAGGUUCCAGCCAUCCAAUCAAAUGUGACAAGUGAUGUCACGUGUUCACUAAGUGUUCAUGGACMUAACAACCUUAAAGCAACAAAAAGRGGGUACUUUACAUAUCRUAGAGCCAUGACGUCAACAAUACACCAUGUCGAUCCUCCCCGUGGGGGUACUGGAGGGGGGACAYUGGUCACAAUCACAGGAAAUGGAUUCAGCUCUGUUGCUAAUGAAAACAAAGUUACCAUAGCUGGAAUCACAUGYACAGUGACGUCAUUCUCGACUACGCAAGUCAAAUGUAURACAGGUCGGMGACYUGGAUCUAUCGUCACCAAAGUCCGCGUGGAGGUUGGGAACAAUGGAAUUGCGACMCAAGAGCACGCAGACUUUGAAUACAUUGAUGUUUGGUCAUCACGRUUGUCAUGGGGAGGUAAUGAUCCACCAUGUAAAGGGAGUUUAGUGGUAAUCCCUAGAGGGCAGACUAUGCUAUUGGAUGUUAGUACCCCAGUGUUUGCUGCUUUGGUGAUYAAAGGAAAACUAAAGUUUGAUGAGAAAGACUUAGAUUUAAAUGCAGAGAAAAUACUGGUUGUUGAUGGAGGGGCAUUGGAGGUUGGUACUGAAAAACAACCUUUCCAGCACAAAGCAAGAAUUGUUCUUCAUGGAAAUCCCCAGUCCGUUGAAUUGCCGUUAUUUGGUGCUAAGGUGUUGGCUGUCCGAGAAGGGACCUUGGACCUUCACGGUCUACACGUGCCAAUYACGUGGACACAUCUAGAUAAAACUGCACAAAUAGGCUCAGACCAGAUCACCCUUACCAAAUCAGUCACCUGGAAAGUUGGCGAUGAUGUCAUUCUARCAUCAACAAGUAGAAGUCCAGAGGAGAAUGAACAACUSACAAUMACUAGUGUCUCUAGUGAUGGCCAUACAAUUGGCAUCAAACCAGUACUGAAGUACAAGCACAUUGCGAUUGUACAAACGAUUGCAGGCAAGACUUUASAGACAAGRGCUGAAGUUGGACUACUCACUCGCAACGUUGUCGUUGAAGGCUCAACACAGAAAGACUGGACAUCAGAGAAUUUCCAGGAAUGCCCCGYAGACUUUGAUCCUGAUCAGUUYGCCACCCAAACUUGUUUUGUUGGUCGCUAUGGAGAUGAGAGAAACAGCGAUCAGUUUGGUUCACAAAUUAUGUUGAAUGCUAAAGAAAUGAAYAAAGGUUUGAUUACUGGGCGGAUAUCAUACGUAGAGGUACGGCAUGCUGGACAGGCAUUUAAGCUUGGUCGAUAUCCCAUUCACUUCCACAUGAGUGGUGACGUCACAGGUUCUUACGUCAGAGGYUGYGCAAUACAUCACACGUUUAACCGCGCCGUCACAAUCCAUGGUGUACAAGGGUUGCUUGUAGAACAUAAUGUUGCUUAUCAUAUCAUGGGGCAUGCGUACUUUAUUGAAGACGGCAUAGAAACUGGCAAUACAAUUCAGUAUAAUCUUGGUGUCCAUGUGACGUCAUCUAGUAGUCUUUUGAAUGUGGAUGUGACGCCUGGGACAUUUUGGAUYACUAACCCAAACAAUACAGUACGACAUAAUACUGCUGCUGGUGGYAGCCAUUUUGGAUUCUGGUACAACAUGCCAGUACACCCUGGUGGCCCAUCCUACUCCCCCACAGUCUGGCCAAGACGAACCCCGCUGAAGGAAUUCCGCAAUAACACGGCACAUUCCUUUGGUCGAUAUGGACUAUGGAUAUUCCCCACCUAUACCCCMAGGGACAGUGAUUUACCAGCUCAAUUCCAAGACUUCCUGGCAUACAAUAAUCUUAAAGGUUUUGAGAUAACAGAAGUUGGUAACGUGGAGUGUGUUAACUGUACAAUGAUGGACAACAAGGAGGCUGGAUUUGAAGUUACUAUCGUCCUAGGCAGCUGGUCUAAGGGUACAACUAUMAGAGACUCYCUAGUGGUUGGAUACAGUGCGAUAAGCAAUAAUAACCCCUCAUAUUGCACAAUGGGUGGAGUCGUCGGACCUCAAUCAUCAUAUCUGACAUUAUUAGGGAUGACAUUUGUUAACUUCAAUGAUGUGAAGUGUGCUGCGUUAAGAGGCUGYUCGUUUUGUCGUCCAUUCCAAGGAGGUUGGACUGUACACAUCAACAGAACAAYCAUGAUUCAUUCUCCUAAUAUGGCAGGAUUUCUAUGGCAACAUGAGACMAUCUACAAAGACCUUGAUGGCUCAYUGACAGGUCACRUWGGCGGUAGUAUCGUACCAACCAAURAAAACCUCCCUCCACAUCAUUGUACCCAGUCUAAAUCGGUCAGCAUUGGACGUGCUCCAGGAAGCAUCUGCAAUUCUAUUCCACAAUUCCGUCGUCUUUCAUGGAACAAACCUAGACCAACGUCACUCUUGUACAAGGACGCGUUGCUAAGUAACCAGUAUGGUACCAACCACGUGCCAUGGGCAUCAAAGCGUAUAACACACAAAAAUGGUUGGAUGACAACAUUGAUAGUUGGGGAACGUUAYAAUCUGACAUUUGAAAAUGCACAACAUCUUAGUAACAUAUCGUACAGUGCCGGUUUUUAUGAGUUUGGUGCACAAGAUCACGUGUUGAUAACUCAUCCAAUGAAACAUGCACCAGAUAUAAUCAAGACCGCCAAACAAGCAGUCAACAUGUCCAGCAGUAUUCCCCAACUUGACCAUGCUUCAACUGGAGACUGGUUCUACAAUAACCGUACUAGAGAGAUGACGUACAUAGUAACUGGAGAGACUGGAACUAACGUGCAGAAUAUUAAUCUUCAGGUCGUACGUUGUUAUUWUAAAGACUGCAUCAAACCUGUUCCUCCCCCACCCCCUGAGAAAAGACCACUGCAGUACCUUACAUGGUCAGACCCCGAGAGCUGGUAUGGCACUGASCCAGGGUAUGGUGGACAUAACAAGAACCUGCCUAAAGAUGGYGAUGACAUCAUGAUACGACCAGAAUGGUGGAUGGUUGCUGAUACUGCAUUUCCUUCUAUCAACAAACUCAUCAUUUACGGAACACUAGAACUUGAACCAAGCAUGGACUUCAUUUUGAAUGCUACCUACAUUUACAUCGCACCAGGAGGAAACCUUAUUAUGGGAUGGCCAGAUCAGCCAAUGGCUGGCCAAGUUACUGUCACGCUCCAAGGGGACUGGAGCACACCGGAUAUGAUGAUACAGGGCGCUCCUAAUAUGGGCGCAAAAGUAAUAGGCGUGUUUGGGAACCUAGAGAUUCAUGGGAAGAAUCGCAGUGUAUACUGGACACGUCUUAAAAGGACUGCGGACGUUGGAAUGAAAGAAAUUCAAGUUGAAGAUAAGGUGGACUGGAGUGAAGGAGAUUGGAUCGUAAUUGCACCCACGUCAUACAGGCCACAUGAAACAGAAGUUGUGAAAAUUGUAAGUGUAUCACCUGACCACAAAACCAUCUUUAUCAACGAAAGCCUCAAAUACAAACACACCAGCUGGUCCGAUUCAAUUGGUCCACAAAACGUCACCAUGGCAGCUGAAGUUGGUCUCCUAACAAGGAAUAUUGUGAUCGAAGGUGCUGAUGACAUCAAUGGAGCUCUUGAUAAGCAACUAUUUGGUUGCCGUGUUCUGGUUGGCUCCAUUAAGGGUUUCCAAGGUAACAAGCAGAGAAGAAUAAGGAUUGAGAAUGCAGAGUUUCGAUACUGCGGCCAGGAAGGCUGGACGGAUUUCUAUGACUCAAGGUAUUCUCUAUCAUUUCUUGAUGUUCCGUUCCUUGGUUCAUCGUAUGUGCGCGGCAGCUCAUUUCACCAUGGAUACAAUAUCGGCAUUGGUGCAUUUGGUGUCAACAAUCUUGUCAUUCAAGACAACGUCAUUCAUCGUACUGUAGGUUCCGCUAUCCGCAUCCAAGGGUCUGGGCACUACUUAGUUCAUAAUCUGCCGCCUGCCCUUACACAUAGGGCUGCUGACAAGUUUGUUCAACUUGAUAAUGUUCUCAUAAUUGGUACGAGUCCCUCGUUUGACUGCUUKAUGGAUACAAAACCACCAAUCAAUGCCUUCAACACCAUUAAGKCACGUGGACCAAGAAYAAAGGAGGGAGGACACAUAGGRUUUGUCUUAACGUCAUUUACUUCUGGUACUGGAAUGGCUCCUGAAUUUCCAUGGCACAUGAUUGAGACUUAYCCUGCCAUUAAUGGUAUAACUCGUAUGAAUUCAGURUGGUUYUCACACUUUGGUAACAAGUGCAGUAGAAGAAGUGUUGCAAUCAUGACAAACCCUUUGUCACCUGAUGCUAUGCACCCUACUGAGGUUCGUGAUUUACACAUUUAUUCCAUGAGUCGUUCCAAUCUUGUGUACAUUGAGCCACCUAAAUUGAGUUGGGUCAAUCCAUCUGAUUGUGUGGACAUGGAUUGUGAUGGUCACAAGGAAAUUCUCAUCAAAGACAUGGAUGGAUCAUUGACUGGAGUCAUUGGUGGUUCRAUCAUCUCUAAAGCUGAGUUUGAAUGGAAUGGUGACCCACGACGUGGUUUGGGUGACUAUCGUAUACCAAAAGCCAUGUUAACUGGUAAAGAUGGGUCAAGACUCAACGCAUCCAUAGUUGCACCACAUCAUGGGAUAGUUCGAGGUACAAGAACCAAGUCUUUGUGCAAUUGGAAUGCUACUUGGAAUGCUUACACAUGCAAAAAUAUAGAUUAUGAAAUGCUAGUCAUUGAAAGUCUUGAUGCCGACACUGAAGUAAGAAGACUAUCACCUGUGGCCCUGGCAGCAGAUGGUUUCACUAAUCUACUAAACGGUCCCCAAGAUCAUGGUUGGUGCUUUGGCUACACAUGCCAAGAGAGAAUUUCCACAUUCUAURCCAUUGUGGCUACARCCAGGAAUUAUUCCAUGUAUUUCACUGGUACAAACCCAGAGAAGCUUCGCCUACGUCUGUUAAACAGUGAAUCCAGCCAAAGCCUGAGACUAGCUGUUUGGUAUUCCAAACCACAGCGUCUUGACGUGUACUGUCAAGGUCGUUAUGUCUACCCAACCAAUGCWAAUCUAAAGACYGGCAGUUUUACUUUGAAGAAGAAAGAUCCRAGUCUUCCAGAYGACCAGUUUGAGCCUCCACUGUCUGGUGUCAGUGGUUCUAAUUAYUUUGAUAGUGAAACAAAGUUGUUGUUUGUUGUUGUGMGCGGAGGGCUWCCUGUMGAUAUCARAACAAUGCCCAUAGUACAGUUGACAAUAGGAACCAAACCAGUYCACAUAAAUGACUUCUUUGAGAAAAACCUCAUYGUCAACUUAGCUGCGCUGCUGAACAUCGACAAAUCAAAUAUACGUAUAGUAUCAAUAGUUAACAGCGCAGGCCAGAUUCGCCGACGCAGAGCAGUACAGCAGGACAUGAAAAUAAAAGUUGAAAUAUCCAUUCCACCACCGCUGCAUAUCCCAUUCGAGACCGACGAGUCACUCAACAACACAAGACCAACAAUGAAGCCUGCACCAACCACUCCCCUUCCAUAUCCUGAUAAGUCAUCWUAUAAAAUGUUAAAAAAGCUUGCUCAAGAGAUUGUCAAACAAGCACAAACUAAAAAAAUGAGUUCAGCUCUCAAACUUGAUGUUCUAUCAAUUGAUGUUGUGGACCCUGAACCACCAAGAACUGAUCCUACWKGUGGAGUAAGGGCUACCAACGGCACAGGAGGCCCUUCUAAUGGAACAUUCCGAUAUGAUCAAAAGAUUUCAUGGCAAGAAGGCAAUAAAACAAGUUUAGAGAGCAGUUACCUUAUACCAGCCAAACUUGUAGUUGUCCARCAACCCAGCGAUGCUAAUGAAACUGUAGCUUUCGGUGUCCARCCAAAACUUGUAAUACUGGAUGUCUUUAAUAACACUGUCACCAGUUUAGGCCAUCGGCAGCAAUGGAUUUUAACAGCUGCAAUAAGGCCAGGUACUGGGUCACAUGACUCGUCACUUAAYGGUAACACCAGCAUACCAUUCAUCGCUGGCUGGGCAAACUUUACCAGUUUGUCAAUUACACAUAGUUCCAGUAACUAUAUUCUGGACUUCACUGUAACUACACCAGCAGCAUCCAGCGUCAAGGCAUCCAGUAUGCCUUUCCGAGUAAAAGAACGUAUUUUAUAUUUCACAUUAACCUCUAGCCCUCAAGACAGUAAUGAAACUGUACCAUUUGUCACACAACCUGUUCUAUUGGUCCGUGACGCCGCUAAUGGAGAAAUUGUGAGAAACACAGGAUGGAAGGGAAGAAAAUGGUUGUGUCACGCAAUGUUAAGUAACGUAUCAAAGAAUAUGGGUCAACUACAAGGGAUGAAAUCCAUUCAGUUUAUAUCAGGAGUUGCAAGGUUUAAUAAUCUGUCUAUURAYUAUGCUGGGCAUGGCUAUGUACUCACAAUAAAAGCRYUYACAGUCCCAUCAUCGCAGUAUUCAUAUACCAUUGAUACCCAACCCUUUAACAUAUGGGAGAGAGCACUWCAACUUGUUAUUACUCAACAACCAGGUGACUGCAAUGAUACAGUGGYMUGCGGYUCUCAACCAAUACUUGAGAUCCAAGACAAAGCAACRAAUACACCARUUGACAACAUAGGRUGGCRUGGYCGGACAUGGAMCAUCUCGAUGAGCUUACUGGGYAACACAACAAUCUUGUCUAAUCUUGYARUCAAGWCAGGAAGGAUUGAAUUCACUGGWCUAGAUUUCUACAACAUUGCAAACAACCUGCAACUGAAAUUCACAGUCAGCGUCWACCCUCCAUCARAUCGUUACUCUAACUURACUGCUGUSUCAGACMGCUUUGAUGUYCAUCCAAGAAAGUUUUAUCUCAAAGUUAUCCAACAACCUGGAUAUGCUAAUGAAUCUACCAUAUUUGGUCRACAWCCUGUYAUUGAAAUACGUGAUCUUGGAACACAYCUUCGAGCCACACCCUUAAAAACCACCUGGAAUGUUACUGUUUCAAUGUACCUYAAUMCUAAACCAGGAAAGUCCAUUCUUAAAGGRCAGCUUUCAGUUCCUGUCUCCAGUGAACGAGCACAGUUUACUGAUCUCAUGAUAACUAACUAUGGAGUAUAUGUGUUGAAAUUUACUUCCAACUAUGGCCAUUCWGUCUUGUCAAGGAGAUUCAAGGUCCGCUAUAUCAAUGAUUAUUCACCACAGUUUAUCCCCAACAAUGCAACACGGACAGCAUCCAUACUAGAAUCAUCCUCUAUCAGCAUAUCAAUCAUAACCCUCCAUGCUGUAGAUAAAGACCAAGGCAGUCAGGGAGAUGUGGAGUACUCCAUCACAUCUGGUAACAUUGGAAAUGYUUUCCUAAUCAAUAAUACAUCAGGAAUAAUAACCACAAGAACAAGUUUAGAUCGAGAGAAAAUUUCCAUGUACUCCCUUGUUGUUCGUGCAAGUGACAAAGCUGUACCUGAGAAAGUAAGGUUUUCUGAAGCCARGGUCAUUGUCAUGGUAACAGACGUCAAUGAUAACGCCCCAGUAUUUAUAACCAGUCCUCUUCUGGUUGAUGUGAAUGAGACUGAACCAGUAGGUCAAGUUAUUGCAAGAGUGAAAGCAGUUGAUCUUGACACAGGAAUGAAUGGCAGAGUGAAAUAYUUUAUYRUCAGUGGAAAUACUGAUAGAWUCUUUACAAUUGAUGAAAACACAGGCGACAUCAAACUAGAAAAAACAUUGGACUUGGAAUCCAAGCAACAACCCCCUCUACAUUUUACUCUUGGUAUCCAAUCUACUGAUAGUGGUUCACCAAAGCUGAGAAGCAACACCACAAUGUUUACAAUCAAUGUCAAACCAGUCAAUGAAUUUGCUCCAGUGUUUACCCAAAAGACCUUGAAGACCUUGACCCUUAACGAAAACGAGGAUGUUGGAGUGUUACUGGUAGACGUCAAUGCUACUGAUAGAGACUUUGGCAUUSAAGGUCAAGUGUUUUAUUCUAUAGUAUCUGGAAAUCAAGACCAAUGCUUUGACAUCAACAACACCACAGGUGUCGUUACUCUGGUAAAACGUCUUGAUUAUGAGCGAUCACAUGACUAUAGGCUGGUGCUACRAGCUUCAGAUAAAGGGUCAGCAGUUUUACAUACUGACAUUGCCAUGGUGAUUCAAGUUGUAGAUGUUAAUGAUAAUACACCUCUGUUUGCUGAAAAUGUCAAUCAUGUCAAAGUAAAGGAGACUCAUGUCAUAGGACAAACUGCUUUUSUUGUCAARGCAACAGAUGCMGAUUCAGGCAGCAAUGGSCGUGUCUCUUACCAAAUWCAAACCAGAAAUGAURAUGGYUUYUUUAAGCUAAUGCCUGACACUGGUGAAGUCAARCUACUGAAGAGCCUUGAUAUGGAGGUUUUGAAAGAGGUGAACUGGAACCGAACAUUGGUSAUAGCCRCUAGUGAUCAUGGGAUACCAUCACUUUCUAGCAAUGCYAGUUUUGUAAUUAGUGUAGAGAGUGUUAACGARUACAGUCCUGUCUUCCAAUCAAAGUUGCUGAAACAGAGUCUYCUUGAGAACAUAGCAAUAGGAACUCAAAUAGAAAGGGUGUCAGCCAGUGACAUGGAUUAYGGACCUGAUGGACAACUAAGGUAUUCUAUUAUCUCUGGCAACAAUGAGCAUAAGUUUCGCAUUGAUGACAUCACAGGUCAUGUGUUUAUAAAUGCUCCAAUAGACUACGAGCAUUCCUCAUCCUUCAGUCUAGAGAUACAGGCUCAUGACAGUCCCCUGAAUCCAGCCAAUCAGAGAAAGGCCAUUUGUCACAUGGACAUCACUAUAGUUGACGUCAAUGACAAUAGACCAGUUUUCAAWGAGAAGUCGUAUUAUGCUAAAAUCAAGGAGACUGCUGAGAUAGGAAGUGAUGUCAUUAGGGUCCAGGCCACCGACCGUGAUUCAGGGACGAAUGGAGAAGUACAUUAUUCCAUCAUAUCUGGUAAUGAACUACAAUUCUUCACAAUUAAUUMCAUCUCUGGUGUUAUCACAACAAAACAAACUCUUGAUCUGGAAACACAGCAACAUGUCAAUGACUUGAUCUAUGUCCUGCAUGUUGCCGUCAAAGAUAAUGGUUCACCAUCACUUAGCAACAGAGCAAUUGUUACCAUAGAGAUAACCYCGGUUAAUGAGUUCAUGCCUCAACUGCAUCAGCCAGAGUCUAURUAUGUAAGAAUCCAAGACACGUCAAGUGUUGGAUCUCGUGUUGUGGUUAUUAAUGCAACAGACAAGGACUUYGGCRUUGAUGGUUCUCUCACAUAUWCCAUCGUACAAGGAAAUGACAAUAAAACUUUCAAAAUUGAUAAGAAAACAGGCGUCAUCACAGUAGACAAACCCCUUGACUACCAGUHGUUGCCAAGAUACUUCUUAGUUGUCAAGGUUACUGAUGGCAUACCAUACCAUGUCAGGCAUUCACUUGUUGCCAAGGUAACAGUAAGAUUGACAAAUGCUUUAGAUAAUGGUGGGAAAGAUAUCAGGAUAUUGGGUAAUUAUCGCCAGAUCACUUGCUCUGKAAAUCUUGCAGAGGUUGUUGGGAUUAACACUUCAGCAUUCUUCAAUAUCGAGAUAGUUGACAAAGRUAAUGCAAAGUCUCAAGUGUUAGAGCUCAACGAUAAWMGGGUUUCCCUUGAYGACCAAUCUCUGUCAAAUGGUUUGUUUACUGUCUCUAARGGYGACAKGAKSUGGGUUGUUAAGGCAACYRCACCUUGUCGUCAUGGWAAUGGGGUGUUAAUAGUCAGAGUACAAGGUGUUUAUAGUCUUCAUGUUUCUAUCAGUGUGGUGGGUUAUGAUUCACUUCUCUUACAAGUWACAUCUCAACAGCUCAUCAAUCCAAACCAAACCCAUGCCAACAUUGYCRASUUUAAACGUCUAGGAAGUGCAAACAGCAACUUUGAACAAGCUGAUUUACAUCUCUAUAUGAAACUCACUGAUGAAACAGUGUAUGAUAUCACUAAUAAAAAGAAAACAUCAUUCCAUGUGACAACUAAUAAUGUCAAUGUCAAGGUGAAGUUAGCAAAGCRGCAYUUAACAAUAGAUCGCAUGACGUCAUUAGGCCAAUUUAGYGUUAUUGGSACUUUUCAAAACUUGACAUCACAAAGGGUUGUACUUCACAUUGUGAAUAAAUUUGUGGUUGCCAAGGAGAUAACCUCAGUUUUUAUACCUGGACUAGUUAAUAAUACGUUGUUAGGUGUGGCAGGAAAGACAACACGUCGAUUAGUGGUUACUAUGACGAUGGAUGAUGCAUCAGUCAUCAGAGUAGAUGAUUUUGAUACUUUUCCUGGUCUUGUUAAGUUUACUUGUAAAUCAUGUCAUGGAGCAAGCAUAGACUCAGCUAGCGGACUUGUGAYCUUAGAGAGAGACUCAUGGUCACUUGAACAGUUGAUUGUAUCAACUUAUCCAUUGAUGACAGACUACCAAUUAAUUGAAUUCUACUGUAACACCCAACCAGUACCAGGAGGAGUAGAUAUUGGUCAUCGUAUUGGUUCUGCAAUAACUAGUUACACCAAUCCAAUAUCAAUAUACAUCAACACCUCUGGAUUCACUUUACUGGCAUAUAACAUCACUUUCGUCAUCUACAACCCACAAAUAUUAAAAUUUAAAGAUGUGAAAUACAACAUACCUUAUAAGGUCAUGGGUAAUCAAAUAACUUUAGCUAAUGUGAUUGGUGGAGGAGGCCGUAGCAAUGGUUAUGUUGAYGAUUUGCUAUUCACUGUUUCUGGUUAUAMAAGUGGCACUAAGUUGUUAGGAGUCGAGUCCAGUACAAUUAUAGAUGAUCAACUCAACCUCUAUCCUGCUGGUAGUAUGAAAGUAUGUCAGAAAAGUUCACRUGUUUUGGGUGAUGUCAAUCAAUGUGGUGGUUUUGACGUYUAUGAYGCUGCACUGACAAUGCUGUGUGCSAAGAAGAACCGAUGUGRAAAAUACUCUAAAGACCAAAUGGACUUCAACAAGAAUGGUGUCAUUGAUGAAUCUGAUGCAGUUCUACUCACUCGAGCUGCUGUAAACCAAAUAUACUUUGUUAAGUACUUCAUAAUCACUAAACCAGACCACAAAACAAAAACCUGCUUGUUCAACAUUCGUACCAGCCUCAUAACCAAAGACAAUAGAACUGUCAGCCAAGAUGGUGCUCAAGUUUAUAUUGAGUUUAUUAGUAAGGAAUCCACCAUUAAAACUCAGCUCACUAAGACAGUGUUCAACAAAGGAAAGCUUGUUCAUCUCUACGAUGGUCAUAAUGGAUUAUGGGGUGGUGUGAUCCAAUUAAAAUACAUGGACAAUGGUGAAUUUGAACUUGAGACCAAGAAAUCACACAUUGAGCAACAUAAGCUAGGGGUAACCAUGAUUCAAGCUACUCGGAAUUCACCAGAUAGUCCUUAUUUAGGUGUCCCUCUGUAUAGUUCCCCUCAAGAGCCUCUGUAUAGGUCCACAGUUCGUGUUACUUUAGCACCAAAUAUUCAUCUCAUAGAGACCAAAAGUCAUUCUCCACAGCUGUUGGUUGACAUUCAUGAGUCAACAUCAUCUUGUGUUGAUCCUUUCAUCACUAAAACAAUCAACAUCACCUUCAAAAGUGAAUUUUCUGCUGUUGCAAACAAAGAAGGACGCUUCAAAAAUGCUUUACAAGCUGAUCUCAUGAAGCGCUUUCCAAAUAUCUCCAUCACUAAGGUAACCCUAUCUCCAGGCAGCAUACGUGUUGGUUUCCAGGCAACAGCACAAGCCGCUGUUUUGGAAUCAUUUAUCGAGUCUCUAUGGAGAUUACUACAAGAAGGGUACAGCCUGACAGUUGACGGSACCACAUUUGUUGCAGCCAAGACACUAUUGGUUGAUGGCCAACAAAAACUGGAAACCACACCAAUGACAUCAUUUCCAGUCAAAGUAGUCGUAUCUGUUUGUGUUACUCUUGUGGUCUUGUCAAUUUUGGYAGGAMUUUUUAUCUSUUGUCGACAUCGCUUCCAAGGAUACAAUAAAUGGAUAAAAAUCAAAAAGAUGACAAGAAUUGACAGUAGGUAUAGCCUUCACCAUUACGACAAUCCACAAGAACAGGAAAUGACAUUUAUUGCUGGUCAGCCUGUGGAACCACAURSCCACUAUUCCAGCAUGCCAGGAACACCAGACAUCACUCCAAAACCAUAUCGACCCAGUUCAGCAAUGUCAAGCAGUUCAGUGGAGGCCUGGRGAGAUGAAAGUCAAACAAGCACACCCACMCAAMAAAAGAAACGAAUCGGCAGUGGGAAAGUAUCCCCUUCAAUGAUGCCUGCUCAUAGAACUUUAAGCAAACAGAAUAGUGAUAGCCGGUUGAUGAACGGUGAUWCAGACUCUGGAUCAUCAACCCCKGAAGAAYGUCAAGUGAACACUCAACAACACAAGAAAACACCAUUGAACUUCAAUGUYGCUAAAGCWCUUAUGGAUCAUGAAGAUGCUGUAUCCCGACGAAGUGCAGGAUUGGCUUAYGCAAAGAGACAGCUUAUGACCAAYAAGGAAGCAUUAACGAGGCAAUCAAGUGAUAGCAGACUCUUGGGUAAUACUAAAGGUGAUGGAUCACCAUUCACAAGGCCAAAACUCUAUAAGAAAAUGACUUGGGCUUCUCAAACCAACUCUGAUCAUAAUCUUAACUUAUCUGUUGAUUCUUCUCYGUCAUACUCUGGAUCAACCACACCCAACARGGACAGUYGUGCAGUCACACCAUCUAAUGUCAUGGUUCAACACAAGGAUCUUAAGUUACAAG